CUGCGCGUUCGCACUUCGCGCCCAUCACACCCGUUUCGACGUGCUUUCGCGUAAGACGACAUCGCGCCCCUCUCCAUCCCUCGGACGGCAAACGCUGCUGUCGCAUUAUUGCAGUCGACUACUGUCUAAAUCGAAAAUAAUCGUUUCCGGCGCAGUCCAGACGAAUUUUUUUCGCACACGAUAUCGCAACGAUAUAAUMAUUAUUACUGUCCGUCGCGUUCGCGUCGUCGCGCUGUUGAUUGUUCCUCGGCGAGUACUCCGUGCGGCAGGUGCGCCGGAUAUUUCCGAAUAGGAUCGACGCCGUUCCGGUGGACAUGUCGGGCCCGACCCUCAAGAGACUUUCGGCGCCGCCGUUAUGUGUUUUGUUGUCUGUCACAUUGCUGUUACAAGUGACAGUGACUGUAGUUUCUGGUCAAGAAGAGGAUGUGACUAAGGUAGAUCUCGAUAAUGCAAUUUUGGAAGUGUUUCCAACACCAACACCUUCACCACCACCAUCGGAUCGGUGUAUAUGUGUACCAUAUUAUUUGUGCAGAAACAAGACGAUUAAUACAGAUGGUGAAGGAUUAAUAGACAUUAGGCUUAAAGAAGGUCCGUGUCCUAACUACUUGGACGUGUGCUGCUACGAUCCAAUGAAAUCAUCAGAGACUACACAUAUAUCUUACGAUGAAAAGCGUACGAUCUGUGGCCAUUGGAACUCUGCUGGCGUAGGAUUCAGGAUAACUGGAAACUCCAAUAAUGAAGCACAAUUCGGCGAGUUCCCCUGGAUGAUGGCAAUUCUUAAAUUAGAACCUAACCAAUCCAAAACUUACUUGUGCGGUGGUUCAUUGAUUCACCCGAAAGUCGUGUUGACUGCAGUUCAUUGCGUGCACGGCAAAGAUCCGAACGAUCUAGUUAUUCGUGCUGGCGAAUGGGAUUCGCAGACGGAAAACGAACUGCUACCGUUACAAGACGGCCAGGUUUAUAAAAUAAUCAAACAUGAAAAAUACUACGGUGGUGCGCUUUACAACGACGUGGCGCUUAUCAUUGUCACCCAACCGUUCUUACUCAGAGACAAUGUGGGCACUCUAUGUUUGCCCAGCAGGAAUUACGUGUUCUCUAAAGAAAGAUGUUAUGCCAGUGGUUGGGGCAAAAACGUAUUCGGUAAAUCCGGCGUGUAUCAAGUAAUUUUGAAAAAAAUAGAUUUGCCGAUAGUGCCACGCAGAACGUGUUUGGAACUUUUAAGAAAGACCCGGUUGGGCAUGAAUUACAAAUUGCACGAGAGUUUCAUCUGUGCUGGUGGGGAAAUUGGAAAAGAUACUUGUCAAGGUGAUGGCGGAAGUCCUCUGAUGUGUCCAAUUGAGAAUAGACCCGAACAAUUCCACCAGGCYGGCAUCGUGGCGUGGGGAAUCGGAUGCGGUGACGAGACACCGGGCGUGUACGUGGACGUGGCUUUGUUCAGAAACUGGAUCGAUGAGCAGAUGGCUAAGGAAAAUUUGGACACAAGCUUCUACGAUCCUGAUUACGUUCCGCCGAAUUAAAUUUUCAUAAUAACUGUCUCCAUCAUGUAGACACACACAAAUACCCUUCAGGCUCCAAACUCGUCCCCCCCCUCUCACUCUACCGACUCUUAAUCUUUCUGUCAUCACGCCACCGGUCGAAUAAAGCUAAUAAGGUUGACCCAGUUAGGGGUACUCUCGUGUUGUGGUGUACUGGUGUGUCAAGUGUAUUUAUCAUUAUCAUUAUUAUUAUUAUGAUUAUACUUAUUACUAUACCGAAUAAAAAUGACGUAUUAUAAUGAGUA